UCGACACCGACACGCACUCACGCGACCGCUCCUCCCAUCCCACCGCCGCAAUGCCGCCCAAGCGCAUGACCGCGAACCCCGUGAAGCCGGCGCGCUACCGCCCGGGCAAGCCCGUCGCCGAAGAGCCCUCAUCGUCAGACGGCGGCGAAGAGUCGGGCGACGACGAGGAGCAGGCCGUGCAAGGACAACCGCAAGCCGCUGCGCCUGUGCCGAAGGCGUCGUCGUUCCCCAAAAACGCGACGAAGCUCAGCGCCAACCUGCAAAACGUCGACCUCAAUGCGCGGCGGCGCGAAGGCGCGGCGCAGGAGUCGGCGCGGCUGGAAGCAGAGAGGGCGGCGCGCGCGGCUGCUGAGGCGGGGUUCGAGACGGAGAGUGAGGAGGAAGAGGAGGGAAGUGGGGAGGAGGGGAGCGAGAGCGAGGACGACUCGUCAGAGGAGGAGGAGAGCAGCAGCGAGGACGAGGCCGCCGCGCGCCGGAAAAAGAUGCUCCGCCCCGUGUUCGUGCGGAAAGACCAGCGCAAAGUCUCUGCGACAGCAAAUGCAGGCGGCGGGGGCGAGAAGACGGAAGAGGAGAAGUGGGCGGAGGAGACGGCGCGGCGGAAAGCGAAGACGGACGCGCUCGUGCAAGAGCAGCUGCAGAAGAACGCGGCAGCGCGGGCAGCAGGCAAGAAGUUCUGGGACGACGAGGACGAAGCCGCACUCGGCGACGAGGUCGACGACCGCGACGGCCUCGCCCCCGAAGCAGAGUUCGCGGCGUGGAAGCUGCGCGAGCUGACGCGGGUCAAGCGCGAGCGCGAAGCCAUCGAGGCCGCCGAAAAGGAGCGCGACGAGGUCGAGCGCCGGCGCAACCUCACGGCCGAGGAGCGCGAGGCCGAGGACCGCGCCUUCAUCGAGCAGCAGAAGGAGGACCGCGCCCAGAAGGGCUCCAUGGCCACCAUGCAGAAGUACUUCCACAAGGGCGCCUUCUUCCAGGACGACUUGGCCGAGGCCGGCCUCGACCGCCGCGACAUCAUGGGCAGUCGCUUUGUCGACGACGUGCGUAAUAAAGACGCCUUGCCCGAGUACAUGCAGAUUCGCGAUAUGACGAAGCUGGGCCGCAAGGGCAGGUCCAAGUACAAGGACAUGCGCAGCGAGGACACGGGCCGGUGGGGCGACUUUGGCGACAGGAGAGGGAAGGGCGCCGGCGGCGACUUUCGGGGCGUCGAUGAUCGCUUUCGGCCGGAUAAUGACCGCGAGGGCGGCGGGCCCGGCGCCACGGGUGCGAAUGCUAAGCCGGUGGGCGAGCGGAAGAGGUAUGGCGAGGAGAGAGAUGACCGCGAGGGCAAGAGACCGAGGAUCACGGAUUGAGCGCUCUGCUGUCUCUUUAUUACCUGCUGUGUUUGGAGGUGGAGGUGGAGGUGGUUCCCUGGAACGGGUAUCCUGCUUUCAGGCUAACGUGGAACGCGCCGUUCGUCUGUACCUCGUAUCGGAGUGCCUGGGGCUUACGGAUUCACUGGGAGGUCUAAAAAGCAAGUUAUGUUUUCUCAGCCCAGACCGAUUGGGUUGCCAGGCAGCACUAAACUGUAAGGAUGUCACUGAAGCAGUUCGCUGAAGUAGUGACUGUCAGGGGCUGCAUUGAUAUAGACCGAGUAUAUAAGGUCUACAAAUAUGGACGUCAGACUCAAGUGUACCGACAUGGAAGAAGCACUA